AAGUUCCAUAUGUAUGUUACGCAGGAAAAAAUUCCGUGACAGAGAAGUACAGACGCCACUUAGCUCGAUACCUCGGAGGCGUCAGGAUAACAAGGGAAUGCUUGUCUUGCGGUCUGGAUUAGCAGAGCUGCAUGUUAAAGUAGCCCCUUGAUUCUCAAAUUCGGUUGUGGGUUGCGCUUAAUUUUGGGUUUUGUUGCGUCGCGACUGUCAGGUGGUUUGCGUAGAUCGGCAUCACGAUGGCGACGGCCGUCACGAUCACAAUUACUCUGGCGAUGUUGGUGAUUUGUGCAUCUGGGGCGGUGCCUGGGAGCUCCAGGCCGGAUCCCUCCGAUGCUCCGGCAACGGCAAGGUGGCUUGUCGCUCAGAGUGCUUGGGGUGUUCUUAGCACAAUCUCGAUACACUUAGAGGGCGCACCCUGGGGGAACGUGGCAGCUUUCAGUGAUGGCCCGGUGGGUAGCUCAGGAGGGACCCCUUUUUUUUACUUGUCCAGGAUGGACCCAACUCCAAAUGAUAUUACUUUGGAUUCUCGUUGUUCUUUGACCUUGAGCGAGGCGUCUUUGGGAACCUGCGGCAGCGUUGAUCCUGAAAAUCCAACUUGUGCUCGCUUAACUCUAUCUGGAAAGAUGAUGGAGAUUACAGACCAGCAAGAGCUCGACUUUGCUGCACUAGCACUAUUUUCUAAGCACCCGGAAAUGCCAGACUGGCCGAAGUGGCACAAAUGGAUUUUCUAUAAGCUUGACAUUUUGAACAUCUACCUCCUUGACAACUACGGUGGAGCAAAGCCAGUAACCGUAUCGGAGUAUUACCGGGGCCACGCUCAGGCUGCUCUCACCAGCUGAUUGGCAAGUAGGUGUCUCUUCAAAUAAAAUCUGCUGACAAUGACAUAUGGUAUGCUGCCUUUUCCUAUGAACCUGUUCAUGCGGAUUUCUGUUAGGCUAACUCAUGAAGUGUGAGUAGUCGGUGAUUUGGCGUACGCGGUGUUCAGACAGGCAUGUAAAAUAUAUGAAAAACGGAUUUCCAGGCCUGUGCAUCGGAGACUGCUUCCUGCACAUCUUGUAAGAAAGUGGAACGGUGAAGUACAUUUGUAAAGUAUUCGUAGAAUGGGUACAGUUUGACCUUGUUUGAGUUAUCGUGCUCCGUGAAUUAUAUAAUAAAGAUGCUUUCAUUCAACUCAA